GAGCGGGGCUGGGCGGCCCGGGCCGGCCAAGGGACGCCAGCGCCGAGGGGACACAACAGCAUGAGGCGGAGAUUAACGUGACAGUGUCAGGUGGAUCCACGGCCAUCCCACAGCCCCCUCUGUGGGGUGCUGAGGGCAGGCAGCAUGGAGGAGAGAAAGCAUGAGACGAUGAACCAAGCUCAUGUCCUCUUUGACCGGUUUGUCCAGGCCACCACCUGCAAGGGAACCCUCAAGGCCUUCCAAGAGCUCUGUGACCACCUGGAACUGAAACCUAAGGACUACCGCUCCUUCUAUCACAAGCUCAAGUCCAAGCUUAACUACUGGAAAGCCAAAGCCCUCUGGGCAAAGUUGGACAAACGGGGCAGUCACAAAGACUACAAAAAGGGAAAAGCAUGCACUAACACCAAGUGUCUCAUCAUUGGAGCUGGCCCCUGUGGUCUCCGCACAGCCAUUGACUUAUCCUUACUGGGAGCCAAGGUGGUUGUUAUUGAGAAACGAGAUGCCUUCUCCCGCAACAAUGUCUUGCAUCUCUGGCCAUUCACCAUACAUGAUCUGCGAGGUCUGGGUGCCAAGAAGUUCUAUGGCAAGUUUUGUGCUGGAGCCAUCGACCAUAUUAGUAUCCGUCAGCUCCAGCUAAUACUGUUGAAAGUAGCCUUGAUCCUCGGCAUUGAAAUCCACGUCAAUGUGGAGUUCCAAGGACUUGUACAGCCUCCUGAGGACCAAGAGAAUGAACGGAUAGGUUGGCGGGCACUGGUGCAUCCCAAAACUCAUCCUGUGUCAGAGUAUGAAUUCGAAGUGAUCAUCGGUGGGGAUGGCCGUAGGAACACCUUGGAAGGAUUUCGUCGGAAAGAAUUCCGUGGCAAACUGGCCAUCGCCAUCACAGCAAAUUUUAUUAACCGAAAUACAACAGCAGAAGCCAAGGUGGAAGAGAUCAGUGGUGUGGCUUUUAUAUUCAACCAAAAAUUUUUCCAGGAACUGAGGGAAGCCACAGGUAUUGAUUUGGAGAACAUCGUCUACUACAAAGAUGACACGCACUAUUUCGUUAUGACAGCCAAAAAGCAGAGUUUACUGGACAAAGGGGUGAUACUGCAUGACUAUGCCGACACAGAGCUCUUGCUUUCCCGAGAGAAUGUGGACCAAGAGGCUCUACUCAACUACGCCAGGGAGGCGGCAGAUUUCUCCACCCAGCAGCAGCUGCCAUCUCUGGAUUUUGCCAUCAAUCACUAUGGGCAGCCCGAUGUGGCCAUGUUUGACUUCACUUGUAUGUAUGCUUCCGAGAACGCCGCCCUGGUGCGGGAGCAGAAUGGACACCAGCUAUUAGUAGCUCUGGUUGGGGACAGCCUCCUAGAGCCUUUCUGGCCAAUGGGAACAGGAAUAGCUCGGGGCUUUCUAGCUGCCAUGGACUCUGCCUGGAUGGUACGAAGUUGGUCACAAGGAACAAACCCCUUGGAAGUCCUGGCCGAGAGGGAAAGUAUUUAUAGGUUGCUGCCCCAGACUACCCCUGAGAAUGUGAGUAAAAACUUCAGCCAAUACAGCAUCGACCCUGUCACUAGGUAUCCCAAUAUUAACGUCAACUUCCUCCGGCCAAGCCAGGUGCGCCAUUUAUAUGAUACUGGAGAAGCAAAAGAUAUUCAUCUGGAAAUGGAGAACCUGGUGAAUUCCCGAACUACCCCAAAGCUGACUCGAAAUGAGUCUGUAGCUCGUUCAAGCAAACUGCUGGGUUGGUGCCAGAGGCAGACGGAUGGCUAUACAGGGGUAAAUGUGACAGAUCUCACCAUGUCUUGGAAAAGUGGCUUGGCCCUUUGUGCAAUUAUCCACAGAUACCGUCCUGAUCUGAUAGAUUUUGAUUCUUUGGAUGAGCAGAAUGUGGAGAAGAAUAACCAACUGGCCUUUGAUAUCGCUGAGAAGGAACUGGGCAUUUCUCCCAUCAUGACAGGCAAAGAAAUGGCCUCUGUGGGGGAGCCCGACAAGCUAUCCAUGGUGAUGUACCUGACCCAGUUCUACGAGAUGUUCAAGGACUCGCUCCCCUCCAGCGACACCUUGGACCUGAAUGCCGAGGAGAAAGCAGCCUUGAUAGCCAGCACCAAAUCCCCCAUCUCCUUCCUAAGCAAACUGGGGCAGACCAUCUCUCGGAAGCGUUCUCCCAAGGAUAAAAAGGAAAAAGACUUGGAUGGUGCUGGAAAGAGGAGAAAGACCAGUCAAUCAGAGGAGGAGGAAGCUCCCCGGGGCCACAGAGGAGAAAGGCCGACGCUGGUGAGCACUCUGACGGACAGGAGGACGGGUGUUGCUGUCGGGAACCAGAACAAAGUGAAAUGCAUGGCGACACAGCUGCUGGCCAAAUUUGAAGAGAAUGCACCUGCACAGUCCACCGGCACACGGAGACAGCCGACACAAGUGCGUGGGGCCAGCCGGCCGUCCUGCUGCCUGCCUGAGCAGGGUCGCCCUGCUCCCAACCCCCGGUGGAAACAGCGACGGGAAAAGGAGCGUUCUCGGACCUGCCCCAAAAAAGUGAUCACGCUCUCUCCUCUUCCUACUCCACCUCCCUGUCGGGCACCUGGCAGCCAGCAGACAUACAGGGAUCUUGAUGCUGACAACCGUGGCAAGCAGAGUCCCCGUCAUGACAGGCCAGAGCCUGAACCUCGUCGAUUUUUUGUCGACCAGUGGGAGCUUUCUCUUAGCCUCCGUUCCUCCCGCCCCGCCUCUCCCUCCUCCGACUCCCUCCGACAGAAGUAUAUAAAGAUGUACACGGGCGGAGUGAGCUCAUUGGCUGAGCAGAUAGCCAAUCAGCUUCAAAGGAAAGAGCAGCCCAAAGCCCUUCUAGACAAGAAGGAACUGGGAUCCAUGAAGAAGGAGUUCCCGCAGAACUUGGGAGGCAGCGACACGUGCUAUUUCUGUCAGAAGCGGGUCUACGUGAUGGAGAGGCUGAGUGCCGAGGGCAAGUUCUUCCACCGGAGCUGCUUCAAGUGCGAGUACUGCGCUACCACCCUGCGCCUCUCGGCCUACGCCUAUGACAUCGAGGAUGGUAAAUUCUACUGUAAACCACACUACUGUUACCGACUCUCUGGCUACGCACAGAGGAAGAGACCCGCGGUGGCUGCUCUGUCUGGAAAGGAGGCCAAAGGACCCCUGCAGGAUGGCCCCACUGCAGAUGCAAAUGGACGGGCCAGCACCGUGGCCAGCUCGGCUGAGAGAACCCCAGGUUCCAGUGUGAAUGGCCUGGAGGAGCCCAGCAUCGCCAAGAGGCUGCGGGGCACCCCCGAGAGGAUCGAGCUGGAGAACUACCGCCGGUCGGUGAAGCAGGCCGAGCAGCUGGAGGAGGUGCCCGAGGAGACGCAGGCGGAGCACAACCUGAGCAGCGUGCUGGACAAGGGCACAGAGGAGGACAUCGCCAGCAGCAGUUCCGAGUCUGACAUGGAGGAGGAGGAGGACGAGGAGGAGGAGGAGGAGGAGGAGGGGCCGCGGCUGCCCCCCUCUGACCUGGGCGGCGUCCCUUGGAAGGAGGCCGUGAGGAUCCAUGCUCUUCUGAAAGGGAAGAGCGAAGAGGAGCUCGAGGCCUCCAAAAGCUUUGGGCCUGGGAACGAAGAGGAGGAGGAGGAAGAAGAGGAGGAGGAGUAUGAAGAAGAGGAGGAGGAAGAAUAUGACGAGGAGGAAGAGUCCAGUGAAGUGCCCGACCUUCCCUCCGUACGCCGCGCAGCAGUGCAGGCCUGGCUGGAGACGGUCUCCGGAGUCCCAUUGGAUGAGAAUGACCUGGAGGAAGAUGUGGACUCGGAGCCAGCAGAGAUAGAAGGGGAGGCAGCAGAGGAUGGGGACCCGGGGGACACUGGUGCUGAGCUGGAUGAUGAUCAGCACUGGUCUGACGACAUCCCAUCAGAUGCUGAGACAGAGCUCCGCCUGCAGCGCCAGGCCGAGGUGGAGGCGGAACUGGAGCUGAGGGUGUCAGAAGAUGAGGAGGACAAGCCACCCGCCUUGCCGAAGCGACAAGAGAGAGAUCCCUCCCAAGCAUCCAGCCCCGUCCGGCCCCCUCAGGAGCAAGCCCUUCUGCUCACCCCAGUCCACAGCCCUGUGGCAGAGGGGUGCCAAAUCCCACUUGCCCCUGUUACUGCCAAGGUGAAAUCACCAGAGGAGCACCUUUUCCCUGAGCCUUCGCUCCCCAAAGAGAAGCCCAGAGUCGAAGCCCCCGCUGAUCUGAACGCUGUGCACCCUCCCAUCCGAUCUCAGCCGGUGGCUCUGCCGGAAGCCAGGAGCCCUGCCUCUCCAGGGAGUCCACAGCCUCUGUCACCGCCGGCCACCUCUGCACCCCCCUCCACACUACUCCCCAUCUGCUCCCAGCCUCAGCCGUCCUCUGAGGCCGCUGUCCCAUCCCCGACCCUGUCCCCCAUACGCUUCCAGCCUGUUCCAGCCAAAACAUCAACCCCCCUCACCCUGCCCCCCGUCAAGAGCCAAGUCGACACCAGGGACAACUUGGGCAGCCCUCUCCCUGUGGACGGGGCCCUCAGACGGAGCGACCUGGUGGAGGAGUUCUGGAUGAAGAGCGCCGAAAUCCGCCGCAGCCUUGGGCUCACGCCUGUGGACCGCAGCAAGGCGCCCGAGCCCAGCUUCCCCUCGCCUGCCUUGAAGCCAGUGUCCCUAAAAGCCUAUUCAGUUGAAAAAUCCCCGCAGGGUGAGGGUCUUCAUCUUCUAAAACCUCCACCUGUUCCUCAAAGGCUGGGCCUGCCAAAGUCAGAGGGCGACCAGCCCUCCCUGCCGACUCCCAAGUCACCAUCUGACCGAGAACUAAGAAGCUCCCAGGAGGAGCGGAGGGACCUGUCCAGCAGCUCUGGCCUGGGCCUUCACGGGAGCUCCUCCAACAUGAAGACCCUGGGCAGCCAGAGCUUCAACACCUCGGACUCUGCCAUGCUCACGCCACCCUCCAGCCCGCCUCCGCCCCCGCCCCCCGGCGAGGAGCCCGCCACGCUGCGGAGGAGGCCCUGUGAGCACAAGGAGGCCCAGCCCAAGGCCUCGGUGGCCCCACCACCCCCACCUGCCACGUUUAUGCGGGCCCCCCCAGAGGCUGCCCAGCCCCGCCGGGAGGAGGUGCGGAAGUCAUUCGUGGAGAGCGUGGAUGAGAUCCCCUUCGCCGAUGAUGUGGAAGACACAUAUGAUGACAGGACUGAGGACUCGAGUGUGCAGGAGAAGUUCUUCACACCCCCGUCCUGCUGGCCGCGCUCUGAGAAGGCCCUCCCCUUGCCCCUGGCCAAGGAGAAUGGGAAGCUGCCUGCCCUGGGGGGCGCGCUCCAGCUGCAGAAGAGGGCACUGCCCUUAGUCUCUCCGGAGGCCAAGGAGCUGGCGGAGGAGCGCAUGCGAGCCAGGGAGAAGUCUGUGAAGAGCCAGGCGCUGCGGGACGCCAUGGCCAAGCAGCUGAGCAGGAUGCAGGAGGUGCAGGUGGCAACCGAGGCCCCCAGGUCCCGAAAGGUGGCCUCAGCACCCUCUCAGGGCAAGGACCGUGGGGCCGAGUCCCCCAGACGCCCCGAGGAGCCCACCUUGAAGCACGGAGCCCCCAGUGAGGAGGCCCUCUCCCCUCCGUCGGACUCGGGGGGCCCAGACGGUUCUGUCACUUCAUCUGAGGGCUCCAGUGGGAAGAGCAAGAAGAGGUCAUCACUCUUCUCCCCCCGCAGAAACAAGAAAGAGAAGAAGCCCAAAGGCGAGGGCCGGCCCCUGGAGAAACCCAGCCCCAGCCUCCUAGAGGAAGCAGCCUCCAAGCCCAAGUCCCUGUGGAAGUCAGUCUUCUCCGGGUACAAGAAGGACAAGAAAAAGAAGGCCGAUGACAAGUCCUGCCCCAGCACUCCUUCCAGUGGCACCACAGUGGACUCCGGCAAGCACAGGGUGCCCCCCAUCAUAAGGGCAGAGCUGCAGCUCCGGCGCCAGCUGAGUUUCUCGGAGGACUCGGACCUCUCCAGCGACGACAUCCUCGAGAGGGCCUCCCAGAAGUCCAAGCGAGAGUCGAUUUAUGUACCACACGCCUUGGCAUUCAGGAGAUCAUAUGCAUCAAAGCCAAGAACCUACACAGAGGAGGAACUGAAUGCCAAGCUGACCCGGCGCGUGCAGAAGGCAGCCCGGAGACAGGCCAAGCAAGAGGAACUUAAGCGGCUACAUCGAGCCCAGAUCAUCCAGCGGCAGCUGGAGCAGGUGGAGGAGAGGCAGCGGCAGCUGGAGGAGAGAGGGGUUGCCGUGGAGAAGGCGCUCCGCGGCGAAGCAGUUGAGCCCAGUGGCGGGACUCCACGGCGUAGACCUCUCUCCUUCUGCCCUUGCUGUGUCCAGGAAGGCAUGGGCAAGAAGGAUGACCCCAAGCUGAUGCAGGAGUGGUUCAGGCUGGUGCAAGAAAAGAACGCCAUGGUGCGCUACGAGUCCGAGCUGAUGAUCUUUGCCCGGGAGCUGGAACUGGAAGACCGGCAGAGCCGACUGCAGCAGGAGCUCCGGGAGCGGAUGGCCGUGGAAGAUCACCUGAAGACCGAGGAGGAGUUGUCAGAGGAGAAGAAGAUCCUCAACGAGAUGCUGGAGGUGGUGGAGCAGAGAGACUCCCUGGUGGCCCUGCUGGAGGAGCAGCGGCUCCGGGAGAAAGAGGAGGACAAGGACCUGGAGGCUGCCAUGCUGUCCAAAGGCUUCAGCCUGAACUGGUCCUGAGCUCCCACCCACGCCUGCUGUUGGUCUGUUGGCAUCUACCUGACCGGGCUGUGGUCUCCAAACCACCCGGAUCCGAGGCCCGAGAGGGCCUGGCACCACCGUGGAGUUUGCACCCAGAUGCCCGUGUGCCUCUUGAAAGGGGGGUCCAGUCUCAUGUGCUGCAGGGAACCCCAGGUGACGAGGAUCGUCCAAGGUGACCCCACCUCCUCCGAAGAGACUUCCCGCUCGGGAGAGAGGAGCAUGUCGCAUAUGACGUAGGAGUGGGGGACCCCACACACUCCCUGGGGAUGCGCCGGCAGGUGCCCCCUCUUUCCACGUUUGGUAAGAGAAGGAAGCUGCUCCCUGUCUGUCGGAACAGCAGCCGCCACAGAGUGCCCCUCCGCGGAGCGGGAGGGCAGCUGUCCUCAUGCUCCCUGAAGCACCACCAAAGAAACGAAAAAUGCACCCCACAAAAGCAAGAUGUGAGUCGAGACCUGGCAGGGGGCAGUGCCACCCAGCAUCGCAUGGGACAGAGGGGCGGGCAGGCUCUGGAGCUUGUUAUGCCAGCGAGGAGUUGGCAGAGGGUCUGCUCCCCAGCCCCGACCCCACACACUGGACCGCGUGUGGCCAAACGCCCCAGGCCUCUCUCUGGCUGUGGCCUGAGGCCUGGGGUUGCUACGUUUUGCUUUCAGUUCACAACCGUUUUGACACUGGAAAAUACUGACUUUGGGGGUCAGGGCGAGGCCUUGCAUUCAAGCCCCCAGUUACAGACAGGCAUUGUCACUGGUCAGUGCUGUACGUCAGGGAAGGGAUGACCUUCCUCCUGGGCGUUUUUCCUGUGUUUGCACACUGAAAUGAAGUUGACCUGGCAAGAUGCUCAGCCGCUUUGGACCGUUUUUGUCAAUUAACUUAUUUUUUUAAUACUUGAAAAGAAACAACUUCAUUUUUAUAUCUGUACUAGAGACACUGAUCACCUGGCACCUGGGCAGGAGUGACAGUGAGGCCUUUGCUGCCUCUGGCACAACCUGGUCCAGAACUGACCGAAUGACCAGAUGUUUGUCACGUGCACCUAUUUAUUAGCCUUCUUCCUCGUGUUACUGGCCUGGCUGGCACCACGGAGCAGCCCGGGACCCUCAUGAGGUUCCUGCUCACAGCUUUCUGUCCCCUCCUGGAACUGUGUCUGGCCCUCCUCUGCCUGGUGCUGUGCUCUCGCCAGGGUACUGGACUUGCCACGAGAGCCACCCGCUUGUUGAGAUGCGUUUCCAGCGCUGUCCGGGCCUAGCCAAAGGCGGAGCUGCCGCUCUUGCCCCUCCCUGUUGCAAUCCUGGCUCUGCAGAACCCAUUUUUUCUGUGUUGGUGCCAGGGUUUCGCCUUCCUCGGCACAUGUGUUAAAGUUUCGGGGUAAGCCCUCUUCCGGGCUGGCCAAGACAGUACAGGGUGGGGCCUUGUCGUCAGCGUGGCUGAUGGGAAUUCCCUCUGCCCCACUGAAGACCCAGACAGACAGAAAUGCAUUUGCUGCAGCAGGUAUUGGGAUUUAGGCUGGUCUCUCACAAGCAGACUCCAGCCCUCCGUUCCCAAGGGUGACGGGAACCUCCCCUGUGCCAGGACCUUCACGGGCAGUAAGAGGUGAUGCUAGCUCUAGGGCCAAACUGUUCGUUUCUCACAGUUCAGGCUGCGUACAGCUCAUCAAGCCACUGACUGAGAAAAUUGGAGGGACUGGGGUGCUUGUCUUCAAAGUAGCACACAGCCAAGGGGGGACUCCUCCAGCGGCAGGCAGCCUGGGAGGGGCGCUCCAGCCAGCCUCCCAGUGCGGAGGGCUGUGUAGAGAGCCGGGGCCGGGCAGCUGGCGGGCAUCCUGAGGGUGGGGCAGGCCGAGGGUCCGUGCUGACCCUGGAGUUUCCGUGGGGAACUACACUGUGCCUCAACUUGAACAUUCAUGCUAAUGACAAAGGGAAGAACCUGUCUUAUUCUUCUCUUGGUCCAAAAGCUGCCAUCUCUCUCCUGUGGAAAUCCAGGAGAUGUGCUGCUAGCAGCUGUCACAGCUCUGACUUCUUCACUUCUUGUUUUCUGCUGAGGCAAAGUCUCCAUUUUUAUUCUCUUUUCUUAAAAGGGGGGAGAGCAGGGUGUUCUAGAUUUCAUCUUCAAACUCCAAUCUUCCAGUAAAAUUGGACUUGGGACAGGACCUUCACUGCCCAUGUGACCUUUUCCCUGAGCCCCUUCUCCUCUCAAAUGCCACCAUAACCAGCCAAGCCCUGGCAGAGCUGCCUCCAUCCCUUGUCGCUCCUGCUGACCCUAGAACAAGGGAGCAGUUGGCAAAGUGACUCAUCGGGGAGGGAUAGCAGUGAUACGCUCUGAGCGGCCUAAUGUAGCAGGAACACCACAUGCCACCCUUGCCUCCUGCUGCUGCCCAGCCCUGGCCAGCCUUAACAUCACGGCAUCCUCUCAAGCACACACUGCUGCCUGCAGUCACCAGACAGGGGACUGGGACUUUGCAGAGAGGCUCCCAGAGUCCGCCAGCCUGCACAGUGUUCCCCAGCUCCUGAUGGUGUUAGGACUUUAGAUUCUAGGACAGCACUUUUUUUUAAAGAUCCCAUUUUGUAACCACUAGUUUGCAGUUGAUUUCAGUGCUCUGGUGACUUGCUGCGCGAAGUGUUUUCCAACUCUGGAAAUGCACACAGUUCCAGGCAGGUUUUCUUCCCGAAAAUGAAGUCCUCCCUUGAAGGCAGGGAAGCAGGAUAGACAUGCAUAGACAUAUGCACAUCGAACGCCAGCGCUCCUGCCGCGGAGGGUGCCAAGUCCAGGGCAGACCCAGAGCCAGCACCCCCGGAGGGCACAGAAGGCAGCGGCCCUGAGUUUGAGGGUGCCAACAGCCAUGCUUCGGGCCUCUGCCCCCAGCAGCCCCCCUCAAACCUGUUUCGACCAGCAAGGAGAGACUGUCUUAACCCUUUCGGAAGAGGGGAACCUUUUCAGUGGGACAGGAAGGAGAGUUAAAAAAAUUUUUUUUAAGUGGUAACAUCUGACCCACGAAGGGGAAUGGUCCGUUUUAUGCGCAAUAAAAGUUUUGCAAAGAAAUACA